CCCAGAGAUCAUGUCAAGGGAAAGCACAUUUGCAACGGCAAGGCAACCGCAAUAAUGCCUGAGAAUAAAGGGAGUGAUGGGAGAGGGGGAGUGACUGGACGCAUGGACUUGCGACGUAGCCCGGCUGACUUCCAUCGUAAUGCUGGUGCUUCUUCUGCUGCUACUACUGCCCAACGGAGAGCUUGACGCUUGCCUCUCGAUUGCUUGCUCUUCAGAAUGCAGUCAAACCCAGAAUCAGCCCUGGCUCUGGCAUUCUCAGUUUCCACGUCUUCCCCUGGGAUCAGUCCCUCAGUUUUUGCCUUCUAGUACAUGUCACAUUCAUUUGCAGCUCUGUGCAGCAGCCGCAGUAGCAGAAGCAGCCGGCGUAGAAAGAAAGACAACAGAGAACUUGGUAUGAGUGAGUUACGCAGGCAGCAGCUGGCCUUCCUUACUACUACAACUACUACUACUACAUUUAGUUUUGGACUUAGCUUGUCGAAGUCUGCGCGCAGCACUCGUGCCCUUUGCCCUCAAUAUCGACGACGGUGCUAGCUGCGAGGAGUAAGUGCGUGUGUGUGUGUUCUCUGAGUGUGUAUGCCCCUACUCCUUCUCAGCUGCUGCCAGCCUUUUCGUAAUCGAAUGAUUACCGGAUCGCCCUGGUAGGGUCAGACCCUGAGCCUGGGUUCGAAAGGGGGAUGCCUGCUGGUUUCUGCUUCCCUCGGAAGUUCUUUUCUGUGCUUUUAUCCGUUUGGUGUCCCUGUGGUGUUUUUUUCUUUUUUUUUUUCUUCUCUUCUCUUCCGUGGAUUUUUCUCGGUUCAGUGGAGAGAUCAAUAGAGCGGGGUAACUGUGGCUGCAGUAGCGAAGGGAUAGCGAGUUAUCGAUGGAGGAAGAGUAUGGGGUGGGUUGUAGAGAAGCGAGUCAGCCGCAAUAUGAGUGCAAUAAACAGUUCAGGCAGGCAGUGCCUAAAUUAGCGUCAAAAGCUGGUUGUGAUUUUUCUGUAUCGUUCUGCAGCUCUUUCCCAUCAACCGUGACGUCGCAGCUGCAUUGCGAGCUGGGCGGAGCAUUAAUUGCGCUCUACCCUUGAACGAGUACCAUCCGCUUGGAACACGCUUCUUUUUGGGCUCCCAUUAGGACACUUCUCCUGAGGGAGACGUAUUUGGAGAAGACCUGAUUCAUUGUUAGCAAGAGCGGAAUAAAUGUUUAAGAUGGGAACGAUGAGUAAGAAGAAUGCGUUCAGUUUGUGGCUGUCUUGUGUUACAAUUUUUCUGGUUUUGGAACAAGCGUCCGUGGAAAGCGCAGACGCCACACAGAGAGUGCAGAGGCUGCCAGGACAACCUCCAGUGCGCUUUGAGCAGUAUGCAGGAUACGUGAUCGUGAACGAAGAGAAAGGCAGGGCCAUCUUCUACUGGUUCAUCGAAGCAGACCACAAGAAAGCCGCGACAAUGCCCGUCUCGUUUUGGUUCAACGGAGGGCCAGGAUGCUCAUCUAUAGGAGCUGGUGCAAUGUCUGAGUUAGGCCCCUUUUAUAACAAGAACGAACCUGGCGAGUCAGGACUGGUGCGUAACAAACAUGCGUGGAACAAAGCUUCGAACAUCGUUUUCGUUGACUCGCCAGCUGGAGUUGGUUACUCGUAUUCCAACACCUCAGCUGAUUACAACUACUUAGACGACGAACUUACAGCUGUGGAUGCCUUGGCUUUUCUUGUGGGAUGGUUUGCGAAAUUUCCUGAGUACCAGAACAAUGAAGUGUAUCUCCUCGGUGAGAGCUACGCAGGUCAUUAUGCUCCCAAUUUAGCGAGUAAGAUUCUAAUCCACAAUGAAAACCUCGGGAAACUCGACAUCAAUCUCAAGGGCUUUUUGAUAGGAAAUCCUUGGACUGAUUCCUACUAUGACAACAAGGGCGCCGUGGAUUUCUGGUACCAUCAUUCUUUGAUCUCGGACGAGACCUAUAACGAGAUUCAGAGGAGCUGUGAUUACAGACUGGAACCUGCAGUAGGAUUUUCCAGUAGCGCCGCCUGCCGAAACGCUGCUAAUCAUGCCUCCAAUCUCGAAAUGGCAGAAAUUGAUGCUUAUAAUAUCUAUGCCGGUAACUGCAACUCUGCCAGCGUCAACGACUCGGCCUUGGUCAAAAGGACGAGGCCAAGUUUCUUCCUCGGUUUGAAGGACUCCAACUUCUGCGGACCUGACACAACUACACCUUAUCUCAACUUGCCAGAGGUGAAAGCUGCACUUCAUGCCCGCCCUGGGAUCAAAUGGACUGAAUGCAGCCUGCAAAUUAACAGUCAAUACAGUGUGGCGAGCGUGGUGGAGUCCAUGCUGCCCGUUUAUCGAUAUCUUCUCACGAAGGGCCUAAAAAUUUGGAUUUACAGCGGGGAUAUUGAUGGAGUAGUACCGACAACAGGCACGAGGUACUGGCUUCGACAGCUCGACCUUAUUGUAGAGGUGCCAUGGUAUCCAUGGAAUCACUCCACGCAGGUAGGAGGAUGGACGCAGGUGUACAAGGGCUUGACGUUUGUGACAGUUAGAGACGCAGGCCACAUGGUUCCAGCAGACAAACCUUCCCAAGCUUUGCAGGUAUUUAGAAGAUUUCUUAUUGGAAAACCGCUCCCUAGCUUUUAGUACAGAAAAAUAAGCAUGUUUAGAUCCUCUAGAAAUCUUCCUUCUGGCUCAAAUUUUCUUCUGCUCCGAGAUAACACAGAUUGAGAAUUUAAGGUGCACUUGUUUUAAGGCCAUGACGUUUCAAAUCAGGUGGAUGAUAUUAAGUAUUCACUGUCUGAAUUUGUUGUGAACAACGUUAUUUGGUCAAUAAAAUCAGAUCCCCUAACUUUCACUCA